UGGUGGUUGGCGACCCUGCACGUAGUAGGGGGGUUGGAACCAGAUGAUCGUUGCGGUCCUCCCUGCACUAGGAGGCCAUUUCCAGAGUCAUGCAGCCACUGCAGAGCCAUUGGAAGUGGUUUGUGCUAUGUCCACAUGCGGGCAGAUUUAUUCUGUUACACACUCAUUCAUGAAUUAAAGUUAUGAAGUUCUACCUGGGGGAAUUCUGCUGGGUAAUUUCUUCUUUUCUGCCAAUAGACUUCCGCCUGGCACUGAUUCAGCUUCAUGUAUCUGCUGUUAAGUCAGAUAACCUUCAGCGAGCCUGUGGGCUGAUAAGGGAAGCAUCAGCCAAAGGAGCAAAAGUUGUGGCUCUGCCUGAAUGCUUUAAUUCUCCGUAUGGAACCCAAAACUUCAAGGAAUAUGCAGAGAAGAUCCCUGGAGAAUCGACACAGAAGCUCUCAGAAGUUGCAAAGGAGUGCAGCAUCUAUCUUGUUGGAGGAUCCAUUCCAGAAGAGGAUGGUGGAAAGCUGUAUAAUACUUGUGCUGUCUUUGGUCCUGAUGGUGCUAUACUGGCAAAGCACAGGAAGAUUCAUUUGUUUGACAUUAAUGUUCCUGGGAAGAUACAGUUCAAGGAGUCUGAAACACUGAGUCCAGGGGAUAGUUUCUCCAUGUUUGAUACUCCAUACUGUAAAGUGGGCCUGGGCAUCUGCUAUGACAUCAGAUUUGCUGAGCUGGCUCAAAUCUAUGGACAGAAAGGUUGCCAGCUGCUGAUAUAUCCAGGGGCUUUUAAUAUGACAACGGGACCAGCUCAUUGGGAACUGCUACAAAGGGGACGAGCUGUGGAUAAUCAAGUCUACGUAGCUACUGUAUCUCCUGCUAGAGAUGAAAAAGCAUCCUACAUUGCCUGGGGACACAGCACCGUAGUAAAUCCAUGGGGUGAAGUCAUAGCCAAAGCUGGGGCUGAGGAGACAGUUAUCUACUCAGAUAUCGAUUUGAACAAACUUGCAGAAAUCCGUCAACAAAUUCCCAUUUUAAGCCAGAAGCGUCAUGAUCUCUACAGCAUAGAGAUGAAAAAGUGAAGCUGGGUGAACAGGAAAGGCUCUAGUAGCACAGUAGCUGCUGCUUCCAUCUUCAGGAUUCCCUUACUGGUUGCUCCACAGGCUACUGUGAUAAUUGACUGGGGGCAAAAUGACUUACUGGUAUAAUUCUAAAAUUGACUGAAGUACAACUUUAAUUUACAGUAUUAAACAGCUAGGAUGAAGCUGGAGGUGAAAUCAACUAAGUAGCAGUUAAUCUUUUUAGUCAUUACUGCAUUUAGAUACUUUUGUUUGUUUUGCUCUUAAGUUUCUGAGGGUUUUUUUUUUAGGAUGUAGAGAGGUGGGAAUUAUGUUCUCUAUGGAAAUCCUCUGAAGUCAGCUUUAGUAUUAUGAACUUUUCUCUGAAUUAUCAGGGGCUCUACAGGUAUGACUUCCACAUCAGUACCUAAAUAACUCUGAGUUUCUUAAAUGCCCAACUUCAAACCAGGCAAGCUUAAAGUUUAACACACUAAGCAAAAUAGGCCAAAUUCCACUUGGAACUACUUAAAGAUAAUGUGAUUAGCAGUCAAACAGAAUUGUUACUAUGCAAGAAUCUGUUAACAGAUCCUGGCUGGAAUAUCUGUAUUAAAUUCUUAACACAAUUCCUGCUUAUUGCUGAAGUGAUGUUAAUGUUCUGUCAAAGAAGCUCACUUGUCACCACACCCUUGCUCUAUUACUACUUCCUGAGUGUAAUGUCUGAAUUGGUUUUAGUUUCGCUUUCUUGUUGUGUUCUAUUGAAAAGGCUGAGGGGAGUCAAUCAAAACGGUUGGAAAAUUGGUUGCCUUUCCAUCCACAGUGUCACAGAAUGCAGAUACCUGUAUCACUAAACAUCUACAAGCAUUACUGCUACCAAAGGCCAGCUCCCUCCAGCUGCGUGGAUAUGUUCCUCACUGCAUUGCUCUUGCUUAAGAGACCAGCAAACUGGUUAAAGAUGGCUUUAAAGAACUUAAAGGCAGUCUUGCAUUUUGCAAGAGAUUUUUUUUCUCAGGAGGGCACCUUAGUGGUUCCAUUUCUAAUGAAAAAGCAAAGUAUUUGCUGAUGGCAAAUGUUUUCCUUAAAUGGGAAGCAAAAAGAAGCAUAUAUGACUAUUCAUGCUUUACCUCUGUGCUUUUAGUUUACCACCAACACAAAGGAUGAUCGACAGGCAAAAGGAGAUUUCAGAUUACAGAAGAGGACAGCUGAAAGCUUUUGUCUUGUUCUAUCUAGCUACUUGUGCCCCAAACCAUCUUACCUGUUCCUUCUUCAGCCAUCCUUCUCCCACAGCUAUCCUCUUUUUCUGAUGUUCCUUUGACUUCUCUGGGGUUAGUCAGCUGCGUUGUUCAGAGGCCCCAGCCACCUAUAGGGGAAUUAAUGGUUACAUUAAGUUAAACCCUAAGAAGUCUUUCCCCUAAAAGGCAGGUCCAUCGUUCCAUUCAGUGGCAUUAUCUAUUCCAGCAGCCUUCUGUGCCUGUGCUUUCUCAGCAUUUUGGUCUACACACCGUAAUGGAACUCUUAAGAAACACGCCAUGGAGCGUAAGGUGAAAUGAAAAUUUAUUUGUUGAAAAAUAAAUAUAGAAAAAUUAACAUGGAGUCAGAUUUACUGCAUUAAAUUGGUGCCUGUCACAUACGUAACAAUCAACACUACUGAAAGGCCAUCACAGGGGUCUGACUUCUAAACCACACCAGCUAUUAUAUAUCCUUCUGAACUACCACAUCUUUCCUACCACCCCCUACACUAUGCUAAUAUACAGCAAAAUGGAACACUCAUCUUUGGAGGAUAAAAGAAAUGCAGGUCUCUCAACAGCUAACCACUUCAAUGCGGUGAUGUAAGAUCCAGUCUGAAACAGGCAAUAAAACAAAAUCUGUGGCAUGGAUGAUCCUCUCCUGGAAUUUCAAAUGGACAGAACAAGUGAAAAUGUGUAGUGGCCCACUUUGGUGAACAAAGCUGAAGAGGUGAUGUGAGCUCAGCCUUAUUUGUCAGGUCGAGUUGUAAGUACCUUGUCCUAGGAGGCUGCAUUGGGAAUCUCCAGGAAAAUUUACUCAGUCACUCAGAAAUGAUACCAAUGGAUUGUGAACUUGAGAGGGUUUUGCAAACAAAAUGUACACAACUGGUUCUCAGCUAGGUAGCUAAAGCAGCCAGUACUCAAUUCUAUGUUAGCAGGAGACAGGCACUUUAAAGUAUCCACUUUUUGCAUGUGCACUAAUAUUCUGUUAAACAUAUAAAACUAGCCAGUAACAGCUCUGAAAUGGCUGUGAAAGUAGAUCCUACUAAAUCAAGGCACAGCUUUUAAUCUCCAUUUUGGCAAACUAACCUCUGCAUCUUAACACAAACAGCAGGAAUUAUAUGUGAUCAGAAUUAAGAUGCAUAACAACUAUGCAAAGAACCAACUUCCCAUAGGUUCUACCAUACAGUGUCUAUCCAGACCUUCAUUACUAACUUCCUACAUGACUUCACUGUUUUUUCCUUUAAAUAGCAGCAAUAAUUGUUUCAACAGUAGCCCUCAACCCCUAUUUAAAAAAAAAAAAAAAAAAAAAUUUCAAGGCAA